GUAACACUUUGCUGUGUGCCAAUCAUCAGUCGCAGCGGACAAUUUGAAUGUGAAGCAACAGAGAAAAACGGAAGCAUAACUGAAACACGCUACUUCUUUAUCUUAUUUACCUUCUAAACGAAUUUGGAUAUUAUUCAUGACAACAUAAAACAGAUAUGGCGAGGGAAAGGGGGCAGAAGAAAUCCUUCAAGCAAAGUCUGGACGACAUUAAAGAGAAGAUGAGGGAUAAGAGGACCAAACGGCUGGCUGGUGCCUCAGCCCCAAGAGGAAAGAGGAUUAACAAGACAAAUGUGUGUAACUCGAGCGGCAGCAUCCUGCAGGGGGUGCAGCAGAACAACACGGCGCUGGCGCUGGCCCUGCAGGCGGAGAAGGAGAAGCUGAGGCAGGCCUACGGGGUGGUCCUGCAGCUGAAGAGGGAGCAGCAGGCGCUGUUCCUCCACCUCUUGCUGCUCAAGAGGAGGCUCCGGGACCAGGAACUCACGGACCAGGACGCCACGGCAAGGAAGUGUGACUCAACUUCUAUUGAAGCUGCCUCCCACAAUCCUUUGGAAUUAUCAAGGCAAACACAGAUUACCUCUCACAAAUCCCCUGUAUCAGAAGAAGAGCCAGCUGUAAUUCAAGGACCCCCGGCACCUGAAGAGGCCGGGGAGACUGCCUUCGUCUUCACCCUGCCCUCCACUGUGGGCGUGAGGCGCCGGAGAGCGGAGAGCUGCACCCGGAGACGCUCCCAGCAGACCCAGCAGCGGCGCUCGUUCAGCAAACCUGGGGGCUCUGUGGACACAAUGGCGGAGGGCAUGCUGGUGGCGGGGGGGCUGUUGACGGCGAGCCCCAUACACAGUGACUGUAGCGCACAGAACCCAAGAGCAUCACCGCCAGGAGGAGCGACAGCAGGGCCCGCCGACCCUAUCGGCUCCGAUCGGAUCCAGCACUCCACCCCCGAGCCGCUCCCUGCUAUAUCCACACACCAGCCGCAGCCUCGCAAGAAACACACCCAGCAGCAACAGCCACAGCGGGUCAAACAAGAGCCCGCCGCGCGGAACCCCGAGAGGUCUCGCAAGGGGGAGCGGGGCCCUUUGAAGAAACCCUGGGAGAACACCAAGGUCAGCAGAACCCGCUCCAAGAGUCGGGACCGCUCAGCCAGGCCCCCGGCCGCACAGGGUCCGCCGGCCGACAAUCUCAACACCUCACUGGGCUUCAACGACACGUUCGACUUCGACUGCGAGGAGGCGGUCCACCUCACCCCGUUCAAGGCCAAGGCCGAGGCGGCACAGGCCGAGGCGGCACAGGCCGAGACGGCCGUCCACAGAGACGGGGAAGGAGAGAGCCCGCUGACGACGCUACACGCAGGUACCCCGGGGGAAUCCCCCCCGGGGGAGCCCCCCCUGUCCUCGCCUGAGUCGGAGGGGGAGCUGUACGUCCCUCGGAGGGGCCGGAGGAAACGCAGCUCCCCAGAGAAGAGCAGGACGCUGCCUGGACGCAGGGGGAGAAGGGUCACCAGGGUGGUCCUCCACCCACAACAGGAAGUGUCCGUCUUUAGAGACAAGGAAACAGAAAAUACGGCUAUGGUGCAAGAGAGUAAGGCGCCUCCUUGCCCUGAAUCCCCUGAUUGGAUGUCCUCCAGAAGCCCCGCCCCAAAAACGGCCAACCAGGAAAGCCCAUCAGAGCUCCAGCAGGCGAGCGUGCUGGUGGUGACGCCGGGCCUGAAGGCUGAGAUGAUGAGGAUAGACAGCGUCCUGUCCAUCUCCAUGGACCCUUCUUCUUCGGACCCCACGACCCCCGCCUUACCCAGCAAACGCCCCCGGAAGACCACCAACAUAUGCAAGAAACGUGGGUUUGGUGUGAAGUCAGUGGGGCGGGGCUUGAGUCUGUGUGAUGUGACCAACAUGUCCCCCACAGCCUAUUUGAAGGUCCCAGGAGCGGGGUCCCGCCCCUCCGACGGCUCCACACCCAGCCGCAAGAGACGCUGCACCUUGACAGUGGACUACAAGGAGCCGUCACUCGGCGCGAAACUGAGACGCGGUGACAAGCACACAGACCUGCAGUUCCUGCGGUCCCCGAUCUUCAAGCCGAGCCCGGGGGCCCGGCGGUCUGUGAAGGGGGCGUCCAGGAAGAGCCAGCAGCCGCUGCUCAAGUACAACGAGUCCUUUGUGGGAUGCCGCUGAUGCUUCCGGAUCUGGGCUUGUUGAUUAUAUGAGCGAUGUUUUUAUGUGAUUUGGAGCAGGCGGGAUUAUUGUGAUUAGAAACUGAAACUACUUUUCCAACCUAAAACGUAGUGAAUUGUAUUUUUUUAGGUCAUUUCUUUUGUAAAUGGUUUCUGUGACCUUGAACUUCAUGGGGGCCUUAACUAAUGGGAGCGUCAGAAUCCCUAACUUGAGCCUUUUAUCGUCGAUGUCUUCAUUUCAUUUAACAUUUGCUUUUUGAUUUUUAAUGAUAAUAAACAUUGAGAUUAUAUAUACAUGUAAGGCAAUACGAUCCCCAUUAUCUAAAUAUAUAAAUAUUAUAUCCAAAAUUGCUGUGGCCAAACAAUGGUUUUCAAACCACACACAGACGACACAUCGUUUCACUUCUAUUUAUUCUGUCUAUAAAAUAAGCUAAUGCUAUUUCAUUAAAGCAAGUUGUAAAAGAGCAUGAAAUAUUUUUCAGACGAUACAAAAUUCAGUUUUUUUUUGUUCUUUAAGCUCGAAAAGUACAAACAUUUCCUUUUAUACAAAACAGCAAAAACGACAUAGUAUUGCACAAUCUUUCAUUUAUCUCCAAAGUACAAAGGUAGCAAUCUCAAUCUGCAGAAGAAAAAGAAUAAAUUAAGACCUUCCAUAAGCACUAUUCCUUUUAAAUUAAAGAACAUAAAUAAGAAUAAAACUAGAUAAUUAAAUGAGCUGUAAGUCAACGGCGAUAGGCUUUUUAGUUAACAAAAAUAGGUGAAAAAUUUGCCUUGUUAAAGAAUGCUUAUUAUAAAAACGAAAAAGUGCCUUAAUUAUUCAAAGUUUGCCUGAUGCAGCUUAUCUAGAGGAGCUUCAAGCCCUGAAAGUAAAAUAGACCUACACAUUCGAAAUACACAGGCUAAGUGCUUAAAAUGAUUAAAAUGUUCCAUUUUUUUUGGCAGGAUAAACUUGGUGUGAACACUUAAUUCAUUUUCGAUUUUUUUCCGUGGUGAACGAUAAAUUUGAUAUGAUUGACAUCAAACACAUCAGC